AUGUUCACUGGAUUCAAACGGUCACUGCCUCAAAUCUCCAUCUUUCACCACCCUUCAUCGCCACCAUCAAUCCAGGCGCUUGCGCUACUGCGGAAUGCACUCUCUUCACCUUACCCCCCUGGGAAGCCAUCUGCUCCGCCACUUGAGUUUGAUUUAGAAGUCGUCGACACAAAACCUCCGACCCCUGACCAGUUGAAGACUAUUCUUUCUUACAUUACUACCCCAGCGAGAUCUACUGCACCCCCUGCAUUGUCUACGUUUUUAUCAGCGCACCCGGCAUCGCCUGGGCCUGGAGAACAGCCACAGAGUGUGAAAGGUAUCGUGAGUCUUGUGGAGCAGAAUCCCAAUGUGUUCAAAUGGCCCGUCGUCGUGGAUUGGGUUGGUGGCCGUGCUAGUGUAGGGGACGUUGAAGGCGUGAAGGACAUCUUGGAAGCUAUCAGACAACAGAGGGAUGGGGAAGUGAAAAAGGAGGAAGUAGAUCAGCCCAAAGGCUGGUUCUCAUAA